UUGGCAUCAGAUUCAGAACUAUUUAGACAAUUCAAAUCAGAGCUGAAAAGAUUCUUCUUUAAAUACAUAAAUUACAGUAAGAAAGAUGGAUUUCUGGAAAUCAGCCGUAGAAGUGACCCCUAGUCACCAAUAAUCUCAAUGCUAAUCAUGGGUCUCACCUUGUAACUAAGCAGCAUCUUCCAAUUUAAGCUGUUUAUUCAGCAGCUGAUUUCAGAUAUUUUGAACCAUCUAUUUUCCUUUUUGACAACAACCUUUCUAAUUUAACAAUCUUUAUCUUCCCAUCUUCUGUUUCCCUCUCCCACUAAAAUGGAAGUAGUUUAAGUAAGCUAAUUCUUUGAAUUGAGAUUGAUCAAAUCUAAGGCUGGCAUCCGAGUUCUAGACAGUGUUAAAGAAGAUUAAAAUAGAACAAAGGUGGUACUAGUGCAUCAAGGACCUCAAGGUUUGGAUUGAACUUUUGAAAGAGGAACCUGUUUAAGAAGUUGACAUCGAAAUCCGCUGUUUGGUUGCCGAGAAAAUGAAAGAAAACAGACCAUGCAACCAUCGUGAUGAAGAAAUUCUAAAAUUCUAAAAUUCCCACAUUCUAACCAGUUUAAUCUCAUCUGGGUUUGCUUUAGAAACGAGAUCACAGCAGCUUCUCUAGCCAACAACUUUAUGCGUAAGAAGACGGCAGUUUCUUUCGGGGAAGAAGACGUAACAGAGUCCAUGGUGGCAAUCAACGGAGCUGGUCCAGACUUCGGAAGAUGCUGAAAGUUUAAAGAGACGGAGUUAUGAAUUAUUGAUAAUGAUUUCGAGAUGGAGAGGAAGGAGAAGAACUUCGUGAGAGAUGAAGUUGCAGCGACGGCCAUGGCGACGGACCGCCGGCCAGGCUGAGUUGCGGAGGUGAAAUGUAGGGCUCGAGUUUUGGACCUAUGGCUAAUGGGCUGGGUUUGAUCAGUUAUGGGCCGACUGAAUCAGCCCAUCAACUGGAGUAAUUGCCAAUUUUGGUGCUCCUCUUAUUCAGAUUCAAUAUUCCCCUCCGAGAAAGAGUUUCGCACCAAAUUUGCAGAAGUUGAAGCUUUAAUCAUGGCGGACAGAGGAAAGAGUAGGGAGCUGGAGGCCAAGGUCCUCGAGAAGGUGGCAGAGGUUAUCUCAGCAAUGAAGAAUGCGAAGCAUGUCGACCAAGUGAUAUCUUCCCUUCAUUCCCUGGCUGUUCUUCUCUUCCCUGUUGAUGCGUCUACAAUUUCAGAGUGUGUUGGUGAGAGCUACAGGGACCAGAUCCUCAGUCGGAGGCUUCCUUCAGAAAGUGAGAGGCAUGAGUAUUGGAAUGCUUUCUAUGAUGGAGCUGCAUUCUCUGCAUUCUCCCGGGUUUUAUUACUUGAGCUUGCUUCUAGUUGGCUGGCGUGUUUCCCUUUUCUGGCAAAGAAGCACUUAUAUGACAUUUUCUUUGUUGAUGGACCUGCCAUCGAGGUUGUUCAGAACUUGGUUCCAUGUCUACAGCCGAAUGCAAUUGAUGGAGUUGAUGUUAAAGCUGUACGCUCUAAUACUGAAAGAUUGAUUGUACAUGUCUUGCUUGAGAAGGAUGGGGUGCUUCAAAUAGCGAACAAAUUUGGGGCAUCCAGCAAAUAUGAGAAUUUUGCCACUGAAAGCACCAUAGCAGCCAUUUCUAAGGUUGCACAAAUUGUAACAUCAAUUUCUGACAAAGCACAAUCGAGAGCAUCCAACUCAUUGUCAUCACACUCGUUCUUCAAGCAGAUUACCGGGCAACUCCUUUCUCUAGCAGAAGUGAAAGCUUCUGAUUAUGUUAAUCUCGAUGGCACCAUAAUGUUUGUGGGGGAGACAUUUUCUCGCAUUUGUCGACGUGGAUCUGCAGACUUGUUACUAAAUGAAUUAAUUCCACGUAUUAUGAAGCACGUUCAUGAUGUUGUAAUGUCAAAUAAUCAUUCAAUUAUCUCUGACGUAUUUGAAUCAAGCCCAAAUGCUCAGUUCUGGUUGAAGAUAAUGGAAACAAUUAAAGAUAAUUAUGCUGUCGAAAGAAUUUCUGAGCAGCUUUUACAUCAGCUAGCUGCUAAAUGUGAGAGUGAUGUUCAUGCUUACUGGGUGCUGUGGCUACUUUUUCAUCGUACUUUAAGACUACAGAUGUCAGUAAGGUCCAUUUUCGUUGACAAAUUUUUGGUCUGGAAGGUAUUCCCCAUUCAUUGCCUGCACUGGAUUCUACAGUUUGCUGUUCUUGAAUGCCCACCUGAUGCCAAUUGUCUCAAGAAAGGUCAUAGUAAUAGCAGCCUCUUAAUGACAGUGCAGCGUCUGGUAGAAGUGUGGUCUAAAAAGGAGUUUGUCCAAUCAGCCACGAUUGAGCAGCAAGCUUAUAUAUCUGCAGCUGUUGGUCUUUCUCUUGAAUUAAUGUCUAAAGAGGAACUUGAUGAAACUAAGAACGUUAUGCACUCGAUUCUUCAAGGGGUCAGCUGUAGGCUGGAGAAUCCUAAUCAAUGGAUUCGAAAAAUGGCUAGCACUGUUGCUCUAGUGUUCUCUAAAGUCAUUGACCCUAAGAAUCCUCUGUAUCUUGAUGAUAGUUGCACGGGAGAGAUCAUAGAUUGGGAGUUUGGGUUAACUACUCAUAGAAAAGGGACUGUAGAUUGCACAAUUGAUGCACAUAGUAGUUCUGAAGAAAUAAAAGCGUCUACUACUUUGGUUCAGAAGGAAGCUACUCAUGCGACAAAAGAGGGGACUGGGCAUAAUACAAAGAGUAAAAAUAAGAAAAUUUGGGAAAUUAAGUUGGCUGAUCCAGAUGAGAUCAUUGAUCCAGCCAGCUUAAAUUGUGGUUCUGUUUCUGAGAAUGAUAAUGACGAUAAUGAAAGCGAUAUGUCUGAUUCUGCAAGUGACUCAUCAUUACAGCCAUAUGAUUUGUCAGAUGAUGACACAGAUCUUAAAAAAAAUCUAUCACAGUUGGUUGAUGUAGUUGGGGCACUGCGGAAAUCUGAUGAUCUUGAAGGAGUAGAGAGAGCUCUUGAUGUUUCUGAAAAGCUCAUCCGAGCAUCACCUGAUGAACUUAGACAUGUAGCAUCAGAUCUAGUGAGAACUCUUGUUCAAGUCCGAUGCUCUGACAUAGCUGUUGAAGGAGAGGAAGAUUCAGCUGAAGACAAGAGGCAAAGAGCAUUGGUUGCCUUGAUUGUUAUGUGCCCAGUUGAAUCUCUUGAUAUUCUCAAUAAACUACUAUACUCACCCAAUGUAGAUACCAGUCAGCGCAUAAUGAUACUUGAUAUCAUGACGGAUGCGGCCCAGGAGCUUUCUACUGCAAAAACUGUGAAGCCUAAACAUCAGUCGAGGGCUCUCAUUGCUACCACUGCGGAAACUCAACCAUGGUUCUUGCCAAGUAGUAAAGGGCCUCCUGGAGCUGGUUCCUGGAAAGAGAUAUCAGGAGCAACAGGAACCUUACUGAACUGGUCAAAUAGUUAUGAGCGAGAACUUCCCUUGAAACCUGGUCAUGUCAAGAGAGGAAAGACAAGACGCUGGGGCCUGAAAUCGGUUAACAUGCAAGAUAAUGAAAUGGAGUUGUCUCAUAAUAAGUUCCCGGGCCAUGCAGCUGCUUUCAUGCUUCCAGCUAUGCAAGGAUUUGACAAGAAAAGGCAUGGCGUUGACUUGCUGAAUAGGGAUUUUAUUGUCUUGGGAAAACUCAUAUAUAUGCUUGGUGUGUGCAUGAAAUGUGCAUCCAUGCAUCCUGAAGCAUCUGCACUGGCCCCUCCUCUUUUAGAUAUGUUAAGAUCCAGUGAGGUUUGCCAUCACAGGGAAGCAUAUGUCAGACGAGCUGUUCUAUUUGCAGCUUCGUGCAUACUGAUUGCAGUACAUCCCUCUUACAUAGUAUCUAGCUUGCUUGAAGGUAACGUUGAAAUAUCUGAAGGGCUUGAAUGGGUUCGCACAUGGUCCCUUCAUGUGGCCGACUCUGACCCAGAUAGAGAAUGCUAUAUGAUGGCUGUGACAUGUCUCCAACUCCAUUCUGAGAUGGCUCUCCUAACCACUCGAAUGCUAGAAUCUGCAAACAGUACAUUCAAGGCAAAGAACAUUGCUUUUCCUUCAGAUUUGUCAAGGGGUAUCAUAAAAAUGCCGUUCUCAAAUGCUGAAUACUGACCAGAUUAGGUAAAACGAAGAAAGAAAACUGUUCUCACAUCCACUCUUCUGAGCUCUCUUGUAAUUUAUUUUCUGAUAAGAAAUGCUCACUGGAGUUUAGAAUUAAGUUGUUUGCCCUCCCAGUUGAGUUUUUUAUUUUGUAAAUCCUGAAUUUUAGAGUAUUGAUCUCAUAGUCGGUUGGUUCUUAUC